ACUCCUGUUUAAUGACGACUUCUUGAAUGCAGAGAUGUUUCGGAGCCUGAUUUUCACCAUCAUUUGUGGAUUGGCAGCGGCCGUUGCCAAUUCAGAACUGGACCAACACUGGGAGCUAUGGAAGAAGAUGCACAAUAAAACCUAUUCUCACCAGAUUGAGGAGCUAGGUCGCAGGCGGAUAUGGGAAUCAAACCUGGAAAUGAUUAAUGUCCAUAACCUGGAAACCUCCAUGGGCCUACACACCUAUGAGCUAGCAAUGAAUCACCUGGGAGACCUGACCACAGAGGAGAUCACGAGCAUGUUGACUGGCAUCGUCGUGCCCUCUGAUCUGGAGAAGAGUCCUUCCAAUUUUGACCGGAUUAACAUCUCUCUACCACCAGCACUGGACUGGAGGGAUAAAGGUCUGGUAACUGAUGUCAAAAUGCAGGGUUCCUGUGGCUCUUGUUGGGCCUUCAGUGCAGUUGGUGCUCUGGAAGGGCAACUCAAGAAGUCCACAGGUGUCCUGAUGUCCCUCAGUCCUCAGAACUUGGUAGAUUGCUCCCUUAAUUACGGAAAUCAUGGCUGCAAUGGUGGUUUCAUGACAUACGCCUUCCAAUAUGUCAAGGAAAAAGGCAUAAAUUCGGAUGUAGCCUACCCCUACAUAGGCAGGUGUGGUCAAUGCAAGUAUAAACCAGAGUAUCGGGCUACCAACUGCAAAAGCUAUGCCAUGUUACCGAAGGGUAACGAAUCUGCACUGAAAAAAGCUGUAGCCAAAAUCGGCCCCAUCUCUGUAGCAAUUGAUGCCUCCAGACCCAAUUUUGCAUUCUACCAUCACGGUGUGUACAAGGACCACACAUGCACCCACCAUGUGAACCAUGGCGUGCUAGUUGUGGGCUAUGGCAGAGAGAGGGGACACGACUACUGGCUGGUCAAAAACAGUUGGGGCACAAGGUAUGGAGAUGAAGGCUACAUAAAGAUGGCUCGGAACAGACACAACCAGUGUGGCAUUGCUCUCUAUGCUAGUUACCCCAUCAUGUGAUUAGCAGAUGGCUCAGUUUUGGCUGCGAAUUUCAAAAACAGUUGGCACAUUUUAAUAAACGCAUCCUUAAUUUGAUCUAUGUAAAUAAAAUGCAUCAAGAAGUGGAAUAUUUCUGAAGCUUGUGUUCUUUGGCAGAAUGAGAAUUAAACACCAUGUCUGUAAAGCGGU